AGGAUCUUUACUACCUCACAGACACACAGAAGUGUGUUUACGACUCCGUCUGCCAGACACAAAAUUCUAUCUGGAUGUCAGUGGAGUUCUGGACCAAAGAAUAUGCUGUAAACUUCAGCUCUCCUGUUUACUGCUCAGAGCGGAGAUUCUGCUAUCUCUGAAGAGAUUAAAAACAAUGAAGAUGUUUUGUGUUGUUUAGCUGCUUAGGGAGCCGUAAGCCAUAAAACCGUUAGAGCUGUGCUGAGGCACUGUACUAGAAUGGGAGGAAAGAAAUCGAAGGCAGCCACAAGCAAGGACGUAAAACUUGUAGGAAGAAAGAAUACAGCCUGUGAGGAAACCCUGACAUCAUCCGACAGGAUUCGCAAACACAUUGUGAUGCAAUUUGGUUACAAUGUGCUGAGCUUGGCUCGACAAGGUAUGAUUGCACCUCCUCAGGAGCUAUGGGAGCUCACAGAACUGCAAAAGCUUAAUUUGUCCCUGAACUGCUUAUGUUUCUUGCCUUCCUCUGUGGCACUCCUUCAGAACCUGGUGGUACUUAACCUGUGGGGUAACCAGCUCACCAGUCUUCCCCCUGAGAUUGGGCACCUCAGGAACCUAAAGGUACUCUUUGCAUACCACAAUCACCUAACUGAUAUCCCUGAGGAGCUUGGAUCUUGUACCAAUUUGGAAGUCUUGAGUUUGGCAAACAACCAGCUUGCAAGCCUCCCAGAUAGUCUGUCUGCUCUCACCAACCUGCAGAAGCUCAACCUAAGCCACAACAAUAUUGUAUAUAUCCCAGCAUGUGUCUAUACCAUGAAAAAGUUGGUCUUCUUGCAUGUGGCCUGCAAUAGGUUGGAGAACAUUGCAGAACAUAUCCAAGCACUGGCUGAUCUAAAGAUCCUCAUUGUGGAAGAGAACUGUAUUCACUGUCUGCCGAAGAUGCUUUGCUAUCUGACAAAGCUAGAACUGCUCAAUGUGGAUUAUAAUGACAUUCAGAAUGUUCCUGCUGAAAUGCACCAACUGAACAGGCUGCAGAAACUAGCUUCACAUCCACUGGAUAAAGGACUCCAUAUCAUGCAUAACCCUCUGCUCAAGCCAGUUAAAGAGGUGUUAGAUGGAGGACUCCAAGCUCUUUAUAACUAUCUCAAGGGCAACUGAAAUAGUGAGCCAACAAAGAUUAAGUAGUCUAUUUGAUUAUUUGGACUAUUUUCCCUUUAGUGCCAGUCAUCUAUUUUUGAAUCCAUAAUUUUCUUUAGGUUGAUGUUAACUAAUGGAGAUUUCCAUAGCUUUAUUAAGAACACAACAAAAAAUUCAGUUAUAACGUAGCUAAUGUCUAUAUUAGGAUGACAACAAUUGAGAAACAUCAAGGCAUUCAAAAAGUUGAAAAUAAAACAGAAAUGUACAAUUACUAUUCUUAAUGCUGUAGGGACUAAUGGUAGAAGCAAAAGAACAUAAACAGAUGAUGUAGACCUUCUGUCAAAGAGGAGAACGACUGGGUUAUUAAAGUGUAAAAAGAUUCCUCUGAGUAUGUGAAGGUUGCUGAUACUGAAUUCUUUUCAUUCUGCAGUGCCAGGACUUGAGGGCAUGUUUAAGGUUCCCAGGAGCAUGUUAAACAAAGGGCACCAGCUUGGCAGUUGUGCUAAACAAGCAUUGGACUUCUUCUCCUUUUGUGCAACACUGAGUUCAUUUGGAACUGUCUUUAAACCUGCUGACUCAGUCACGUUGACCCUUGUUGUCCACAAUCUUUUCUUGAAAGCCCCAAGAGAAGAAGACUUGCAAUUAUACCUGGCCUCUACCAUUUUCUACAAGUGUUGAUCGUGCAUUGGAGUGCAAAGCAGAGACAUUUCAAUUACUACAAAAGAAAGGUCAGUGGUGCAUCCUGUUGAAAAGUACAGGAUGGAAGGGCAUUUUUAUUGGAAGGGCUUUCUGCUUAUUUUUCUGAACGUUAUGUACUAUACAAUUCUAGCAACAACAACAAAAAAAAGAGAUUCAGAGAGUCAUGAGCAUAGCUUUAAAUAUUAAUCCUUUUUAUCUAUUUCUGGUACAUCUGAAUACCAUAUAGUGAAUAUACUUGUGUGUUAUAAACAAAUGGCUUUUGCACUCACAAUCUAAUUUUUCUAAUGGAAAACAUGGUGUACAGUGACAAAGGUUGUAUUCAAUUAAUCAGUUCAAUGAUUUAUUGAGAGUUAACUGUUAACAGAUUAUUUUACUCAGAAAUGUCAUUGAAUGUUAUUUACUAAAUGUCCUUAGUAAUUGUUCAAUUUGUAUUAAUUUAAGGUUGCACUUCUUUCCAUUAUUCUCUCUUCUCUUUAGUCCUUAUAAUCUUUUCUUUUACUGAAGAAGCGUGAACCUUGUUUUUUCUUACUUUAUAUUCAAAAACUAAUAUGAAUUUUCA